AUGACACUUUAUUACACUUUGGUUUUCGCUUUGUUGGCUAUUGAGUCUAUCGCAUUCGUGAUUCUUAUCUUACCUUUCCCUGUUACGUGGCGGCGCGCGAUGUUGCGCUGGAUAUCUAAAUCUCCAUUAGUUGAAAAAGCACAAUAUAUUUUAAAGUUUGCUUUCGUGUAUGAAAAAACUUCUAAUGCCACGAAUCGUACUUACUCAGUGAAACACGAAAAUGAAGAUAUUACAACUAGAACAGAAUCUAGUUAUCAUGCAAAGAAAUUUUAUAAUCAACGCAAUAUAAUUUUAAAUAGGACAUGUGUACUUAUUGCAGAAAUGUUGAAAAGCGAAGAUCAACUUGAAGCUUUAAAAAAACAGGCAAAAAAUCAAUCAAAAGAAUAUCAUCGCGUCAAUGAAUCCGAGAGUAAAUUACAGACUGAAAUUGAAAGAUUGAGCGUAGAAUUAGAAGAAUAUCGAAAGAAAGCAAUGAAUUUUGAUAAUUUGAAGAAACAGGCCGAUAAUCAACAUAAAGAAUAUGUGAGGUUAACUGAUGAUUACAAUAAAUUAUUGGAUGAAAGAGAAAAUAGAACCGAACCUAAAAAGGAGCAAUAA